GCAAGUCGCCAGUCACGUGGCUGCAAGGACGCGAGGCUGGUGGGCGGGGGGCCGGCAGGUGCUCCGCGGCAGUCUGUGACACCGAGCCGGCGGGCCGCUCGGUCCCCGGAGACCCCGCCAUGGUACGCGCGGGCGCCGUGGGGGCGCAUCUCCCCACGUCCGGCUUGGACAUCUUCGGGGACUUGAGGAAGAUGAACAAACGCCAGCUCUAUUACCAGGUUUUAAACUUUGCCAUGAUCGUGUCUUCUGCACUCAUGAUAUGGAAAGGCUUGAUCGUGCUCACGGGCAGCGAGAGCCCCAUCGUGGUGGUGCUGAGUGGCAGUAUGGAACCGGCCUUUCACAGAGGAGACCUUCUGUUCCUCACAAAUUUCCGGGAAGACCCAAUCAGAGCUGGUGAAAUAGUUGUUUUUAAAGUUGAAGGCCGAGACAUUCCAAUAGUUCACAGAGUAAUCAAAGUUCAUGAAAAAGAUAAUGGAGACAUCAAAUUUCUGACUAAAGGAGAUAAUAAUGAAGUUGACGAUAGAGGCUUGUACAAAGAAGGCCAGAACUGGCUGGAAAAGAAGGACGUGGUGGGAAGAGCAAGAGGGUUUUUACCAUAUGUUGGUAUGGUCACCAUAAUAAUGAAUGACUAUCCAAAAUUCAAGUAUGCUCUUUUGGCUGUAAUGGGUGCAUAUGUGUUACUAAAACGUGAAUCCUAAAAUGAGAAACAGUUCCUGGGACAGAUUGAAAUGAAUUCUGUUGAAAAAGAGAAAAACUAAUAUAUGUGAGAUGUUCCAUUUUCUGUAUAAAAGGGAACAGUGUGGAGAUGUUUUUGUCUCGUCCAAAUAAAAGACUCAUCAGUAAAGA